AUAGCAGUAUGUCUCACUUAGAGUGGGCUGAGUCUCAGCUUGCAGAGAUAGAGCUGCUGACCAGCAUGUUUCCCACCCGGGAGGAGCUGGAGAUCACAGACCAGCUGGCACUAGCUGAGCUCAGGGACUAUGUGGAGGAAUCAGCUUCAAAAGACAGUCCCCCUUCUUCCAGACCUCAGUUUUUCAUCAAACAGAAGCUGGACAUUGCAAGUAUUGAGAGGACAGAUGUCGUUCUAUCCUGUGCUUAUCCAUCUGAAUACCCCAGUGUGUUACCAGAGAUAACAGUCCGGUGUGCCAGUCUCAGCAGGGCCCAGCAGACACAGCUCCACACAGAUCUUAAUGCAUACCUCAUGGAAAACUGCCAGGGGGAAGUAUGUGUGCUCUCCGCUGUAGACUGGUUGAAAGACAACCUGCAGCUCUUCAUUAAUAAGAGCUUAUCAGCAUCAUCGGCUUCAAAGAAAGAGUCUUCCUCUCCUCGGCCACAGGAAGUGUUCAGCCGACUGUGGAUUUACAGCCAUCACAUCUACAACAAGACGAAAAGAAAGAACAUCUUGGAGUGGUCCAAGGAGCUGGGCCUGUCAGGAUUUAGCAUGCCUGGGAAGCCUGGUAUUGUGUGUGUGGAAGGUCCUCAUUCUGCCUGCGAGGAGUUCUGGUCCAGGGUGAAGGUUCUGACAUGGAAGAAGAUCAUGAUUCGACAUAGAGAGGAUAUUCCCCUUGAUGGUCUGGGCGAGGACAGCAGGGCUGUUGAAAGUAUAGACUCGCUGCGCAAAUUCACUGGCUUUGAAGAGGCAAUGUUUGACCCCCAUGGGAAUAGAGGUAAUCACAUGGACCUUGGCCAGCUCUACCACUUCUUAAAUGAGAAAGGCUGUUGUGAUGUCUUUCAGAUAUAUUUUGGCAUUGAAGGGAGGUAGUGUUUCGAUCCACAAAGAACAGAUAUACUCACUGCUGCCUUGUCAUUGAAUUUCACUUUAAAAAAUUCUCCUUGAUUACUGUUUUAGUUUUUUGCUUUUCUUUUUAACAUACAAUCACACAAAUGGAUUGUAUGCUUGUGGUCACCUGUGCCUGAAAAAAUGAAUAACUGAAUACUUUUCAUUGAUGUUGCUCAGCCGUUAAACCUGGGACUUCAGUGGGAUGAAAGGACGCAAGAACAUUUCUGCAAUUUUGAAAACUAAAACUUUUUUUGGCUUAUAGGCAUGUUUAUCAAAGAGAAGCAUUAAAAAGAUGUUUAUCUGAGAGGUUUCUUGAGGACCUCAGUUAUAUUUGCAAUUGUAAUACUCAAGUAUCACACCUUGCCCUAGGUGUUUCUUUCCUCAAAUGGCACCAGUUUGUAUUACUACCAGGCUAUUAUAGGAUUUCCAGGUCUGAUACCACAUUAAUAAUUGGACAACCUAGUCAACAAUAUGCUAGAUAUCUGUUCGUGAAAUCUGUUUAUUUUCCCUUUUAUAAAUGAUAGAUAACAUAACCGUGGAAAAUCUCUCGCCAAUUUUCUUUUUAAGAUUUGUUCUUUGAUA